AUGGCGGAUCAGAUACAUGAGGGUGCUGAAGGAGACGCUUACGGACCUCUCAUACUUGGAAAUGCCCUGGACACGCCGGAAGACGGCAGUGUGUCCACGGAAGGAAGCCUCAGCUCUGCUACCCCAACUGCCUCCGACACUCCUAGAGACGAUGAUGACUUUGAAAGCCCAGAAGAGUUCAAGCAGAGGCUGAUAUAUUGGAUUGGGCAGAUGAUGUUCGUGAGUGGUGAGACCGCCGAACCAAGCACAGAGACAACCUGGAUGAUUGAGGAAAUUGUGAGAGAGCAAGUUAUCGAAAUGGUCAGGCACACUCGCAUAGAAUUGUCUACACCCUUGCUAAUUUACAACCAGCUGACACAAGCAACUGCUCUGGCAAAUCGUCGAGGUUCCAAGACCAUCUCGAUCGCCGACCUUAUUUUUCAGAUUCGCCACGAUCGAGCAAAAGUGUCCAGACUCAAGACCUUUCUUUCUUGGAAGGAUGUCCGCAAGAAUGUCAAAGAUUCAGAUGACAAAGGUGGAGGCGACGCUGCUGAAGUUGGCGAUUUCGACGAGGCAUCAGGAGGUGUCAACCCAUCUGCUCCACAGAAAACUACCACGACCAAGAAAGCCAAACUAGUCUUGCCCUGGGAGAUCCAGUCGUUCUACGUUGAGCAAGUACCGGAAAGAGACGAUGAGGAAGACGAGGAGGAAGAGGAGCAGAAUGAAGCCACACUCGCCCGCCUCGCUUCCGCUGACGAACGUACCAAGAACAUGACCAAGGAUGAAUAUGUAUACUGGUCCGACUGCCGUCAAGCUAGUUUCACAUUCCGCAAGGGCAAACGAUUUCGCGAAUGGGCAGGAUUCGGUACCAUCAUUGACAACAGACCAAAUGACGAUGCAGUUGAUAUUCUCGGCUUCUUGACAUUUGAGAUUGUCCAGACUCUCACAGAGGAGGCCUUGAAGGUCAAAGCUGCCGAAGAUAUGGCGAACAAGAAAUUGAAUGGUGGCAGAGGCGAUCGGGACGCGUCGAAGAAACGGAAGCGGGAAGGUUGCAGUUUGUUCGAGAUGCCCGAGGAAGGCAGGACACCUGUCGAGCCCAAGCAUGUCAGAGAGGCGUUUCGACGCCUCCAGACUGUGCCAAACAAGUACAAGUUCAUGAGACAGGGCUUCGCUGGGAUGAGGACGCCUUUGAGGUUGAUUUGA